CGCCUCGCGCCGUUCUAAGAAAGACCCUGGGAACGAGGUUGUGUUUUGGUUUGUUUUGGUUUGUUUUGUUUUGGUUUGUUUUGGUUUUUUGUUUUGUUUUGUUUUGUUUUGGUUUGUUUUGGUUUGUUUUGGUUUGUUUUGGUUUGUUUUGGUUUGUCUUGGUUUGUUUUGGUUUGUUUUGGUUUGUUUUGGUUUGGUUUGGUUUGGUUUGGUUUGGUUUGGUUUGGUUUGGUUUGGUUUGGUUUGUUUGUUUGUUUGUUUGUUUGUUUGUUUGUUUGUUUGUUUGUUUGUUUGUUUGUUUGUUUACACUACUUCUCUGCUUUACCUUGGGGUAUUUAUUUAAAAGAAACCCCUUCCAAAAUUAUGGCUCUUCUUGGGAAAUCGAGUGUCCAUUCAUUUGUCAUAAUAAUGUCAACAACAAUAUAUUUAUUCUCUCUCUCCAACUUAAAGUGUCUUUGCAUACUUAGGUUAGCUCAAUCGCUCUUACAUUUUCCCGCUAGCUCUAAUUGCAGGUUCUAAAGACAAUAAACAAACACGCACGCACGGACUAUGUCCGUUUUCACAUUCAGUAGUAGUUCAAUGUUUUUGUAGUAAUAGAAGCUAAACAACUUUCUCUCCCUACCUUUUUUAAGAAAUGAAAGGUUUGAAGCCAUCUUGCAAGGCAAUCGCGAGGAAUGAACGGUACGAUUCUAAAACGUUAUUUUAUACUAUUUGAUUCGCCCGGCAUUUGUAACAAAUACUUCCAUCGAGGGCGGAGAUUGAAGGGGAAUAUAUCGUGGAGGAUUUGUUCCCUCAAUAUGGAAGGCAGAAAAUAUUACACCAAUUCAACAAAAAUCUUCGCCCCCUAAAGAUGUUGAUUCUGACUUCAGAUCAAUCUCUCUCACAUCAGUUAUCAGCAAGAUUCUUAAAUCCUUUCCCUACAAAUGGCUUCUUAAAUUAAUUAACAAUUAUUCGCCGAAGGCGAGGUGAUUAUCGGUGAAUAAAAACCGAGACGAAGUCGAGGUAUUUAUUCACGAUAAUCACCGAGCCUGAGGUGAAUAAUUGUUUUAGUAUAAUUUCAUAGGUGAUUAUUUGGGAAAAAAUAAGAAAAUACACAUUUCUUCGUCAUUUAAUUGACAAAAAGGCUUCGGCCGCCAUCUUGAAAAUCGUUGAGGUGAUUAUCGCGUAAUAAUCACCUCAACGGCAGCCAAUCAGCGUGGAGAAUUUUCAAUAAUCACCUAUGUAAUUAUACUAAUAGUAGAUAAUGUCAUAAACGAACAUUUGCCUUGGAAACAAGCACUGAUUAGUGACAAGCACUGAUCUGUACUAAGACUGGAUAACGCAUCUAUAGUAUACAAAAGUGAAGCCGGAAGUCACUGGCCGCCACCCGAUUUAAGGGUCCCACUUUUGUAUAGAUUUGUAUUACAGAUGGUAAUUUUCGCGUUUUUUGCCUUGGCUACGUUUCUGACCGGGCCAGUUUUACAAUCACAAAGAUAGAAGCAUACAAGAAGAAUUUUGAGCAAAAAAAUUGGAGUAUUAUGGCUUUAUAACGCCGCGAAACGGGAUUUAGAAUUUUGAAGGAGUGGAGAGCCUCAAACUUUGUUUAUCAACACGAACUCGUUUUGCUACUUUCAUACAAAGUCAACUCAAAAUAUACAACAAUUACGGUUACUGGACGUAUGUUCUCAGGAAAUUUUAAGAAGUGAAGCAGCUACAUUGUGAACAAAAGCGUACUGAGGUUAGUUUUAAAAUACCUUGAGGCUACUUUUAUAAUUAUACGAAUUAUAAAGGAGCAUUUUAAAUGUCAAUUUUGUCAAGCAUUCCCCGGCGACCUGUCAAGAAGUUUUAUAUGUUUUAAAGUAGGAAGACAAGUGACAAUCAAAUAUUUUUAAUCCAAAUUAUAAACAAUGACUCAAUAUAAUGUUAUUUUAAUUUAUAUUAUAAAAGUAGCCUCAACUCGUCAAGGUAUUUUAACUAACCUCUGUACGCUUUCGUUCACAAUGUAGCUGCUUCAUUUCUUCAAAUUUCCCGAGAAUAUUCGUCCAGUAACAGUAAUUCUUGUAUAUUUUGAGUUGAUUUUGUGUCAAAGUAGCAAAACGAACUCGUGUUGAUAAACAAAGUUUGAGGCUCUCCACUCCUUCAAAAUUGUAAAUCCCGUUUCGCGGCGUUAUAAAGCCAUAAUACUCCAAUUUUUUUGCUCAAAAUCCUUCUUGUAUGCUUCUAUCUUUGUGAUUGUAAAACUGACCCGGUCUGAAACGUAGCCAAGGCAAAAAAUGCGAAAAACUACCAUCUGUAAUACAAAUAAUGGGACCCUUGAAUCGGGUGGCGGCCGGUGACUUCCGGCUUCAUUUUUGUAUACUAUAGAUGCGUUAUCCAGUCUUAGUACAGAUUAGUGGUGACAAGCCUUGGAUUACGUCCAAAAUAAAAUCUCUUAUUUCCAAGCGGCAGACAGCAUGGGCGGCUGGCAACAACCUGAUGUUCAGAUUCUAUCGAAACAAAGUCAAUGCACUUUGCAAGAAGGCACGACUAAAUUACUACAAUAAAAGUAUCGCGGGCGUCCAACAGUCCGAUUCUCGUAAAUGGUGGUCAGCGGUGAAGAAUAUUGCCGGUCGCCAGUCUUCUAAGAAUGUAUCUACAAUAAUGUUCGAAGGUAAAUCUUAUUCUGAUGCGGAUCUUGCAAAUUUACUCAAUGACAAGUUCGUUGCUGUAGGGUCCUCCUUACCCAGUCUGAACUGGCUUCCCCUUCCCACAAAUGACAUUGCAGAUGAUUUCUGCAUCUCUGUCGAGGAGACUGAAAAGGCUUUAUUAUCAUCUAAACUUCAUUCAUCUGCUGGUCCCGAUGAAAUUCCUUCUUGGCUCCUCCGGGAAAACGCUUCAGUGUUGUGCCGACCUUUAUGUUCCAUUCUUAAUGCAGCAGUUCGUGAAGGAUUUGUUCCCUCAAUGUGGAAGGCAGCAAAUAUUACACCAAUUCAAAAAUCUUCGCCCCCUAAUGAUGCUGAUUCUGACUUCAGACCAAUGUCCCUCACACCAAUUAUCAGCAAGAUUCUUGAAUUCUUUCCCUACAAAUGGCUUCUUAACUCCGUCUCAAAAAAAUUGAUCCCUUGCAGUUUGGUUCGCUGAAAGGUUCAAGCACUAGCAUGACAUUAAUCUACAUGCUACAUAAAUGGUAUGAAGCAGCUGACAAACAAGGUAACACUAUACGGAUUUGUUUACUUGAUUUCUCUAAGGCGUUUGAUCGAUUAGAUCAUAACAUUCUUUUGACAAAAUUGAAAGACAUGGAAAUUCAUCCCGUGUUACUCAACUGGAUCGCAAACUUUCUGACAGACAGAUAACAAAGAACCCGUGUUGGUCAGUUUUUUCUGAGUGGAAGUUUUUAAACGCCGGCGUUCCACAAGGAACAAAGGUUGGCCCGCUAUUAUUUUUGAUCAAUGACUUGGCUGUGGCGGAUGAAACUGUUAAAUUUGUUGAUGAUACUAGCCUUUGGGAAAUAAUAUCAAACAAUUCCCCGUCCCAGUUACCCACUAACAUUAUCAGCUGCUCUGAAUGGUCAUCUGUCAAUAAUAUGAAGUUAAAUGUAUCAAAGACCAAAUAAUUUCAUGUCUGCUUUUCUAAGCUUAUUCCAUCGUUUGCCCCUAUUAACAUCCGUGGUCAAGAGUUCGACGUCGUUUCCGAGGCAAAAUUAUUGGGUAUUGUUCUUUCAGACGAUCUUAAAUGGAACCGCCAUAUUGACUACAUUUGCAAGAAAGCCGCGAAGCGUUUGUAUGCUCUGCGCCUUCUUAAAAGAAAUGCUUUACCUUCUCAUAUCCUGAUCUCAACCUAUUGCACACAUAUUCGACCAAUUGUGGAAUAUGCUUGUCAGGUGUGGCAUUAUGGCCUUCCUCAGUGCCUGAGUGAUCAAGUCGAAAAAAUCCAUAAAAGGCAUUAAAAAUUAUUUUUCCUGGAACUACCUAUGCUGAAUGUUUGCUUAAAGCAAACUUAAUGACUCUAUAUGAAUGUAGAACAGUUCUUUGCAAGCGCCUUUUUUCGAAGAUGUUGGAACCCACUCACAAACUGAAUGCAUGCCUUAGUAUCGCCUAAAAAUCUUCAAACUUAUGAUCUGAGGUCUUAUUCCAACCUAUUAGUACCUAGGUGUAGAACUGAACGUUUUUCGAACAGUUUGAUUCCUGCUGCGUCUCGUGCUUAUAAUAAUAAGUAAACUUGAGUUUAUUAUCGUAAUUUUUAUCUAAUUUACCUAUUUUUACUUGCUUGUGUGAUGUUACUCUGAGUGUAUAUCCACACCGGGCAGGCUUGAAAAAUAUGCGUGGCCACGGUGGGAUUCGAACCUACGACCUUUGGAAUACUAGCCCACUAUUUUUACUUGUAAAUAUAGAAUAGUUUGAAUGUCUAUGCUCUUAUACCUUGUAAUUCCAAAGUAAUUCAGUUGUUACUGCUAGUUUGGAAAAUUCAGUUGUUACUGCUAGUUUGGAAAUUUAUAAUAAUAAUAAUAAUAAUAAUAAUAAUAAUCACUGUCUGAGGGAAAUUGUGAAUACAAUGCCAUACUUUCCCAAGCGUUGAUCUGUUUUUUAAUUGAAUUAUAACACUACAUUACACUAAUAUGUCAUAUAAUAAUAAUAAUACUCCUAUAGUCAAACUUAUAAUAACAACAUAUAAGCUGAUUUGUAUUUGUAUGUUUUUCAGGUUAUUUAAGAUCUAUUAUUAGCUUAUAUAAAAGCACCGCCUUUCGAACCUGACAGCCCGUUCGCAGGAUACACGCGUUAUUUCGCACUGAAAUAAGAAACGAGAUAAGGGUGAAAUUACAACACGGUGAUGUUUUAUUUUGAAGCCGUAUGUGCUUGUUAAAACGAAUUUUAGCUUGAAAUUCGGCUACAUGAUAUGUCUAAGGCUAAAGUACAUAGCCAUUGAAACAUUUUGUGAAAUAAAAGCCCUAGAGUCUUAUAAAUUGUUAUAGUUUUUAAUAGCGCCGUUUCGUAGUUGGCUGGACCUAAUGUAGUUCAUUUUAAAUUUUAAACAUUGAAACCGUUACGGUCGACACAAAUUGGUUUCUCACCUCGAGUUGUAUUAGAGUUUGUUUCCUUGUUUAUAUCAUUGAUUCCCAAAGGUUGAGGGCGUUUAUUUGACACGACACUCAUUGCAUAAUUAUCGGUUCACUCAAGUCGGGUCAUUCAUAAUACGACAAACUUUAAGAGUUUCAUUCCUUGUCACGUAUUUAUAUGUUGCCGCCUCCUAUUUCAAAUCCCGCGCGUCUCCCACGCGCGUAUCCUGCGAACGGGCUGUCAGGUUCGAAAGGCGGUGCUUUUAUAUAAUCUUAUAAUAGAUCUUAAAUAAAUAAAAAACAUACAAAUACAAAUAACUUAUAUGUUGUUAUUAUAUGUUCGAUUAUAGGAGUAUUAUUAUUAUUAUAUGACAUAUUAGUGUAAUGUAGUGAAAUAAUUCAAUUAAAACACAGAUCAACGCUUGGGCUGCCUGUGAUUUAUGUUACCAUAGUAGCGCUUAUUUUAAAUUGCGCCGUAUCUUUUGGCACGUCAACAGCGCGCUGAAUUUAAUUCGAUGUUAUUUGGUUUGCAUUUUUAUAGUAAAGCACGAAAUGGCAUUUAUCUUAUUAAACCUGGGCCCAAUCAAUAUUGCAAGACAUAUUGUCAAAUGAUAUCACUUCCGGGUUGUUCAGGAGGCGGAUGGACAUUGGCAAUGAAAAUUGACGGAAGAAAGGUAGCAUGAGAUUAAUAGUUAUCAAUUAUAAUCGAUAAUAUACGCCGUAUUUCGCCAUAUGGCUGAUUUCAGUCUUCCAAAAAGAUAAAACAAAAACAUUAAAGAGACAGUCAAGUUCGGAUAAACUGAAAAGAACUGUUAAAUAAAUUUAUUUUUUAUAAUCUAAGCACUUCCGUAAGGUCUCAUCAGACCAAAUUUGAACAAACAUUGAACCCAAUCAUUAACCUCCUUUGUAAAUAAAAUUGAAUUUCCUUCUUGAACAUGAUCCUCUUUUUUAAAUUGGUAUGAAUAUCCAACAACCGCCAAAACAUGGCUUCAUUUUAAUGGUUUCAUUGUAAUAUGGUUUAAUUUAAGCCCGAUUCAAUUUUUUAUCAGGAAACAUUCCAAUAUUCCUCUUCGCUAUGGUCAAACAAACAAAGCUACAAUCCUUCUGGAGGACAGAGUGCCUUUGACGACCUGGAAACAAAGUUACCGACCUACUGGAGUACUUCAUUUAGGGAAAUAUGUAUUGGCAUGAAGGUUGGCAGUGCACUUCGCUUUAUCUCUUUCAAUUAUUCGGCAAAUUCGCUGUAUAGCUUGUUCGCAGACGGGAAAUAUCGCGAAACAAAUCUUGGCCGUCAAACAUGGAAAUCACUCAUUCCAUCAGCGAUAUCAUCACUGCAAUCAAAGUGCAACCGCGAAGGUUUCAAUGGAAACACUGCUUACGUCAAGGUCCGAUUAGGUAUCGUAGCAAAUGAAGGAAAUGACAGAUGUGCUAGUCCCGACUCAUUCGUUGGUUUGGGCAGUUCAAAUGUCAAGAAAGGUCGUUUAUGCCGCUUCGAUUUCAUGCUAAAUUCUGCUGGUAAUUUCGCAGCUUGCAAGGCCGACAAUGGAGACAGAGAUACAAAAGCAAUGGGAUAUAUAUUGAUACGAUGAGCUAUAUAUAUCCAAUAUUGACAUAUACUGCGUAAUUUUUAUGACGACAUUCAUAUUAUACUGAAGUGAUUCAUGUUAAUGAUGUAAUUCCUAUAUUGUAGGUAUAAUACUUAAUAUAGUGAAAACCAGGUUAAUGUAUAUAAAUUAUCUGGUUGUAAUGAUGUAGUAGAUGUAGAUUUGGCAGUAAAUAAAAUCAACAAUAAAAUUUGCAUUAACGAGUUAAAUCUCUUCCCAUUUCAAGAGAUUACGUGUCUUUUAGGAAUAUUUGGUUAGGUUUUCAAACGACAAUAUCAUUUUUUCUUCGUUCAAUUUUCAGAAUUGUUCAGUCGUUACAAUGCAAAUUUUAAAUUUGACCAAUCGGUGCUCGCUAUUCAUGACAGUCCGCUAUAUUUUGAGAUCAGUGAAGAUGAUUAUCCACGCACGGUAACCCAUAGCCAUGCGCCCACAAUUGCUGAUGAAUUUUAGACUUCGCUAAUGCUUUCCUUUCCCCGUAGGUAAAUUGCCGUGGGGAAUUAGUACCCCAGCAAAGGCUGGGAACGGCACCCUGCGUUGACUCUGAGAUUAGAUUAUGCAAAUUAUACAUGUUCAUUAUUAAUAUUGAUAAAGAAUAAAAAUGUUCAAUUACAGUAAAUAUUUGCAAUAAACCUAUCAAUACUGUAUUUAAAUAUCUAUAUAUACAAAUUAAAUCUUUAAGAGUGUCUGAUAUCCAUACACUAUUGCUUACAGGGGCGCACAUCUAAGGAAUUUCGAGGGGUGUGUGGGCCACUUGGGGACCGACUUUUUGAUAUUCAAAAAGAAAUUAAACAGAAGGGUAAAAACAAUUCUGCAAAAACAUCAUGCCACAGAACAAGGACGUGGGA